UGUUAGAUCAGUACUAUAAGCAUUGUUAGAUUUAAAGAAUUAUGAUAGAGUGCAUGAAUGAAACAUGAAGCUCUUACUAAUAGUUUUCUACUUUCUGGAAUUUGCCAACUGUCAAGAGGCACAAGAACCGAUACAAGGUAAUUGUAACAAUAACAAUGUUGGAGAUCUCAGACUAGUACAUAACAGUGGAGGGAAUUUCGGAGCAAUACAAGUUUGUCAAGAUAUAUCUUGGUCAAACAAUGAUCAAUGGAGAUACUUUUCAAGCAAUGGGGCCUGGACAGACAGAGCAGCUAGAUUGGCCUGCAGGCAACUCAAUCUUGGCUAUUUGAGUGCUACAACAAGUACUAUGGAAUUAACUAGACAAGUAUUUAAAAGGGUAAUUGAAAGCUGCUCUUGUGUUGAGACUACAGAUCAACUGAGCAACUGUAUUACUGACGAUCCACGGCAAAUAACUGUGGCAACAGUGAACUGCAGAAAUGGUAAUAGUCAAGCCUGCAGUAUUGACGGAGCCAUGAGACUAGUGGGUGGGUCCACAGUCAGUGAAGGCAGACUAGAGAUAUGCCACAAUGGUCAAUGGGGGACGAUAUGCAACCAGGGAUGGACAGACAGUAGAGCUGCUCAAGUGUGCAGUACACUAGGGCUACCAACCUACAAUGCUACACUACACCAAUUCAAUGGAGGAGCUGGUUCAGUAUACACAUACAACUGCACAACAAUGGACAGUGAUAUUUCUAACUGUAUCCAAGAGUCAUCGUGUGCCCACUCAAUGGAUGUUGGAGUGAAGUGUCUUCCUUUCACUGAUGCUUGUGCUGUGCAAGUCAACAAAGUAAUUGCGACUAGUGGGACAUUAGGAGCACUCAUUGGUCUAUCGGCUGCUGCUCUAGUGGUGGUUAUCACUGGAUGGAUUGUGUCGUGUGUUUACUUUCAGAGGAAAAUAAACAAGAAAUGUAAAGACCACACCCACACAACUCCUGCCUCUACGAGUGACCCCAACCUCCAACUCAACAACCCAGUGUAUGAUGGUAGCACCACUGUCCCACACACCACGUACAGCUCUCAUGGACCCUCCUAUGAGGUCAUUGACACAAAUGAGGGGGCAGGGCAUAGCCAUGAUGCCAUCAGUCAUAGGGGUGGAGCUAGACCACACCCACCUACCACACCCACUGUGUCCAACGAGGAGUACAGUACGCUAGACACCAACAGAGAGAAUGAUGAGUAUCACACACUAGAGAGCAAUACUGGAGAUGCCCAAUAUUCAAUGGUUGGACACACUGACCCCCAAGAUUACGAGGUGCCAGCCCCCCCUCAAGAGGAAGAGUACUCUACACUGAAGCAUCGAUAGCCUAUACGUACUGACUUAACAAGACACACUCAACUAUAACAGUACACAUACAAUUAUGUGCUUUUCUUUAUGUGUAACAUUAACAGUUUAUUUGCUAAACUUAUUAAGUAUUUGUAAUUACUA